GUGUGCCAUGACGCUGGGCGGUGGGACCGUGGCGAAGCGCGAGGGCACUCCUCCUCCUCCUCCUCUUCCUCUUCUUCCUCCUUCUCCUCCGCCUCUUUUGCGAGGAAGCCUCCUGGCCAAGGAAGCCCACGCGUGGCCAGUCGGGAAGGCGAGCCGGUGCCGAGAAGAAGACCACUGGAAGCCCUCCGCUCUGGUUUUUUGCGGGACUAGAUAACACCAGCCGGGCUCGGGCGAUGGAGCGGGUGGAAGCGGCGUCCACUGACUCCGCUGCUCUUCCCUUCCCUCUCUCAGUGUCUCUCUUUCAUCAAUAAUUCACCCCCCAUUCUGGUCUUUUUUGGAUGUGGAGCGCGGAGCUCGGAGGGAGAAGAGCCGGGCGCGGAGAGGAUCUUUCCAAGAGCUUUCUUGCAACACAAGGACGGACUUUGCGACUCCUGGAGAUGCUGGGAAGGAGCCGGGGAAGAAGUGGCUCCUGCCGGUAGAAAGGAAGGUCUCGGAGUGCGGGGGGCGAGGGAGAGAGUUGGGCCCCCUCGUGUUGGCUGGCUGGGCAGCGUCGGGGAAGGCGAAGGAGGCGGGGAGAGCGCGCGUCGUCGGGGCGCUGCCGGUCCAGCUCGCCCUCCCGCCCGCUGUCCUUGGUGCUGAACCAUGGGCCUCCCCAGCAGGGCGCUGUCCAUGGUGCCCACCGUCCUCUUAGCCUUGACGCUGCCCGCCUUCCCCGCCUGGGCGCAGAACGACACCGAGCCCAUCGUCCUGGAAGGGAAAUGCCUGGUGGUUUGCGACUCCAACCCCACCAGCGAUGCCAAGGGAUCGUCCUCCUCGCCUCUGGGGAUCUCCGUGCGGGCGGCCAAUUCCAAGGUGGCCUUCUCCGCCGUCAGGAGUACCAACCACGAACCGUCGGAGAUGAGUAACAAAACCAGGAUAAUCUACUUCGAUCAGAUCCUAGUCAAUGUGGGAAAUUUCUUUACAUUGGAGUCUGUCUUUGUAGCACCAAGAAAAGGAAUUUACAGUUUUAAUUUUCAUGUAAUCAAAGUCUAUCAAAGCCAAACAAUCCAGGUUAACCUGAUGCUAAAUGGAAAACCAGUCAUUUCUGCUUUUGCUGGGGACAAAGAUGUCACUCGUGAAGCAGCCACAAAUGGAGUCCUACUUUAUCUAGACAAGGAAGACAAGGUUUACCUGAAACUGGAGAAAGGUAAUCUGGUUGGUGGAUGGCAGUACUCUACAUUUUCUGGCUUCCUGGUUUUUCCCCUGUAAGGUCAGUUUUCCUGUGGCAUUCACCCAGGUGUGGACCAGUCAUUACUUCUGUUCUUUGAAGAUCAUCUUCUCAUCCUUCGGAUUGAUGUUUUCUUUCUUGGUUUCUCAUGGGUGAAUAUGGAUUCUAUUGUCCAACAUUUGACCCUAUCCAAACUCCUCUAGGAUUGCACCAACGUUUGUGUGUUUGGAUUAAGACUUAAAGCAGACAAUAAAUAUCUAUGCUUGAUGUUACAGAAUAAAGCUGCCUGCAAGAUUUAUUCCGAGUUCCCUUACUGGACUUGUUGGAUUUUUGGGAGAUGUGGAUAAUUAUUACCUCCCCCUACCCUGAUUAUAUUUUUUAAAAGACUGGCAACCAGGUCUAUAAUUUAAGAAGCUUUGAGUUCUGUCUUCAAUCAAGAUUAAUACAUAGCUGCCAAAGAACUAUUCAUUGAUCUAUUAGUUAUAUGAUGUCUUUGUUUCCCUCACUCUAAAAUUAACAUAAGUUCAUUCAAUUCAGUUGGAGAGGAAUAGAUAAUAGUUAUUGAUAAAGGUUUGGAUUCAUUACUCUUCUUUGUAGAGUCUAUUGAGUGAAUCGUUUAGAAGUUCUCCUUCAGCUAGUUAAUAGCAAAAGAAAACCACCCUAUUGAAAGUCUGUGGGCCGUGGCUGGAUGUUAUUUGCACACUGAACAAAUUUAUAUUCUACAUAAAGUAUUUUCUAGUAAUGAGAAGAGAUUAUCGUGGUAAGGAAAAAUUGUUUACCAGGGUUAAAUGGGAUCGUUUUGGCAAACCUCGGUGGAAUGGCUUUGCUCCAUAGAAAAAAUUAUGCUUGUUCUUUACCUUUAAUUAACAUGAUUGAUAAUAACGACUUUGUUGAAAAAACUCAAAGGGAUUCAUUCCUUAGACACGGCUAAUUCAUUAGUCAGAGAUGGAAAUUCUGCCCUCCUGUUUUUAAUUAUGUCUGUUUCUCCAGCCUUCUGUUGUGUGUGAGGUGUCAUCUGGUUUUGCCUUAACUCCACAAAUGUAUAUAAAGAAGGUAGAUAUCGUGGGCUUUAUCCAGACCAAGUUAAGCACUAUAUAGUGCAAUCCUAUGCAUGUGUACUCAGAAGCAAGUCCUUCUGAGUUCAAUGGGUCUUUCUUCCAGGUAUCGUGUGUAUAGGAUUGCAAUCCUAAAGUCCUACUGAUUUCAGCAAAAAAAAAAAUCACUGAUAUCGGUUGGAUAUAGGCGGGGUAACUUUUGACAGACAGCGUCUCAUCUGUUUAGCAAAUAUUCAGCCAAAAUAGCCAGUACCUAAACUUGGUGCAAUAUCUUUUCUGUCUUUUUGUAAAGGCCAUAUGAAAUCAUAAAUUUAUUUAUUAUGUUGCUGUUACAGAAUAAAAGACAAUAUAUGUUAGUGUA